AUCCUUCUCAGAAGCUGGUCAUAUCCUAGAGUACCUUAAAGAAUUUGUCAGUGAAAUAUUGAUCAUCCAAUCGUGUCAAUGCAUAAAUGGAUUACGAUCCUACUGGUCCAGGUGUGUUACAAAUUGAUGGAAAGAUUUUUGCAAGGUUGGGAUCAAGUAAAUAUCUAUAUAUCUUUAGGAUAUAUAUUCUGUUAACAUGAACUUUUGCCACAAUUUUAAGUUUGCCCUUUAAAGAUGGAACAAAAUCGGCAUAGACGAAAAAUGCUUCAAAUAGCCAGGUGUUCAAUACAGGGCUGCAGAAUUGAUUCAGCACAGAAAACCAGAAGAUUACGGGAUUUAAAGAGAGGUCAAAGGUCAGCUGCUGUUGAACAGGGCAUGUGUUAGCGGAGAUCAAACGACUCAAGAAUAGACUAUCACCACAUGUCCGCCUGACCAGACGACAUUUAACCAGUGUAUAUGAUUUGAAGUAAACCAGGCGAUAUAACAAUAAAAGUCGAUUAAAAAACAUCCUUGUAUACCGAUUUUAAUCUGCAACUGAUAAAUCACCAAGAAUUGGGAAAAACACUGUGGAAACAAGUUUGAGGAACCACAUUGUGUGAACGUGGUUGGAUUUCUUGUUGAUCUGGCACCCUGGGAGAGGUGAAAACGGCCGGCUUCAGGCUGACAGUGUGGGACUCUGCCAAAACUAGGGUGUGCUUCAAGGUGAAGAAAAAAAUUGUAUUUGCCAUCCAUAGUUUGCCGAUGACAUAAUGGCCCUGCUUGGGAGGGAUAACAGUGAGGACCUUAAUUAUUCGGAGGAAUCUCAACCUCUGACCAGCCCUGGGGCUACAGAGGAUGACCUCAAUAUCUCCCAUGACGAUUCCGAUGACAUCGCACAAGCUCCGAGAUUCUCCCACGUUGUUGACAUCCAUGGAGAUCAGCUACGUGCUCAGGAGCGUCAAAGAAAGGAAGUAUUCAACGACGAUGUUGAAAAAAUGUUUGAACUUCCCAAAAAAUUUGACAUUUCAUCUUUAAUAUCGGGAUCGCCAGCUGUCGUCUCAGAGCAACAAUCGCCUGAGCAUGUCAGCACCGCACAAGGGGAGACGAGGCUGUAUCGUGAAGAGGACUAUACAAGUGGUUUGUCAGUAGAAAUGUCCUCCAUGGGUCAUCGGCGAGACUCUUUCCCCCAUAUUCACCACCCUCUUAAGGCACUGCGUAGCAGUCGCUCCUGCAAGAGCGUCAGGGAUGACAAACCAAAGAAAAAGAAGAAGAAGAAGAAAAAGAAGAGGAAGAUGCACACUGUCAAGAGUUUUCCAUCACGUUCGGCCACACUGUCGCCAUCAAUCCCCGAGGUGGAAGUGGAGGAAUAUGAGAUUUCCCCGGCGGGGUCUUCAUCUUCUUCAAUGUCAAGUGAUGACUUUGACGACUACAGAGUUGGGGAUGAAAUUGACUCAAUGUUACUGGUCCCUGCCCAGCACCAGUCUGAGGCAAGUCCGAAGGGGCAGCGUACACCCCAGCCCUCAAAUGAUGACUUUAAGGUCGGGUUUUAUAUUGGGGACAGAGCAACUUCUCCCAUUCACGAGGUGGACAAACAGAAGAAAGACGAAACAACAGUGAAAGCAACCUCUCCAAAUAAAAUAUUUUAUGUCGGAGAUUAUGCUGACGAACCACAGUUGUCCCCGCCAGCGACUCUUGACCGACACCAAAGUGAUUAUGGAGUUUCCUAUGAAGAGCCAAAGCACAGUGUCAAGUUUUCUAUUGGGGCAGAGGACAGCAUUCCUACACUGAAAAGUGAUACAUCUUUGGAGAGUCAAGGGGACGGAACAAACCAACCACUUCAUGCCUCUAGCAGAUCUGAGCCACGGAUCCAAAAACAUCGUCACAAACACCACAAUCAUGAUCCUUUCAAACAUGAAGACUUGUUACUACGACGACAGAUCGGAAGCGAAGUUAAGAUGGAGGACUACCUCAAACAUGUUCCCACCGAAACAGAGGAAGCCAUUUUACUUCAAAAGGCUGAUUUGGAUGACAUGACAAGCCAUCGUUUGGAGAACGUGCGUGGAAUUCGACGUCACAAAAUAGCCAAGCACAACGCUGUAGCAUCUAUUGUCCACAUCGGGAAAUCUGACAGGGGCAAGAAAAAGCCAACCUUUAAGAGAAAGAAGAUAGACCACAGUCCCCACGAGGUGUUUGUGGAACUUGACGAGUUGUACCUGGGGGAAAAUGACUACGAAUGGCGAGAGAAGGCCCGAUGGAUCAAGUUUGAGGAGGAUGUAGAGGAGGGGGCUGAGAGAUGGGGUAAACCUCACGUAGCCUCACUGUCCUUCCAUAGCCUUCUGGAGCUCCGACGAGGUCUUGAGAGCGGCUGCUUGCUGUUGGACCUGGACGCCUCUGAUCUGCCAACAAUUGUAAACAGCGUCAUUGACACCAUGAUUAUACAUGAUCAGCUUCGACCUGAAAACAAGGGGAACGUACUCCGCACUCUUCUACUAAAACACAGACAUGUCGGAGAGGGCGUGAAAUCACUAAUACGUCGGAAUAUCUCAUAUAUGAAUCUUAGAGCUAUGGGAUUGGACAAUAAAAACAGACAUCAAGGAAACAAGCUGUCGUUGAUUAAGUCAUUUUCCUCGGCGAGUUUUGGGAAAAGUUCAUCGUCAAACUCUAUCCCGAUGCUGGAGCGUCGUGACAAUAAGGCUGACAAGGUCAAUGGAAAAGGCAUGAAAUUUGAGGCAAAGGACCUGCAGUUCGUCAAGGUUGAUGUAGACAAUAACAUGCAGACUGACGGUGUUCACAUUGGCAUUACCACUCCGGAGAGCACCCAGCGAAAUAUACGGGACAUCACACGUCGUAUCCCAAAGGGUGCCGAAGCUAUCACAGUACUGGUAGGGUCGGUCGACUACCUUGACACACCUACCAUGGCCUUUGUCCGGUUGGCUGAAGGACAGAUACUUGAAAAUCUGACUGAAGUGCCGCUCCCAGUUCGGUUCCUGUUUAUAUUGCUUGGGCCAGAGGAAACAUCCAUGGAUUAUCACGAAGUUGGACGAUCAAUAUCUACGCUGAUGUCCAAUCAGGACUUCCACGAUGUGGCGUACCGAGCAGAGUCCCGCGGGGAGAUACUGCACGCCAUCAAUCAGUUCCUCGACGAGUCGAUUGUGCUGCCCCCUGGUGACUGGGACCAGAAAACACUUCUCCCAAUCGCAGAAAUGAACAAGAAAAGGGCAAGACAAAGGAAGAGGAAGAAACAGAAGGAAGAGGAAAAGAAAGCAUUGUUAAAGAAAGUAGAGGCGGAGAAGAUCCCGUCAGACCCCCUGAAGAGGACGGGCUGUAUAUUUGGCGGUCUGAUCAAUGACGUGCGACGUAGGUACCCUUACUAUAUCAGCGACUUCACUGACGCUCUCAACGUCCAGUGUGUGGCAGCGUUUGUGUUCAUCUUCUUUGCCUGCUUUGCUCCUUGCAUCGCCUUUGGAGGUCUCCUUGAGGAGAAGACGGGAGGCUAUAUGGGAGUAACAGAGACGGUGGUCAGUACAUCUCUGUGUGGGAUCAUAUUUGGAUUGUUUGCCGGUCAGCCCCUUAUGAUAGUGGGAGCUACAGGUCCGGUUCUAGUCUUCGAACAGUCCUUAUACAAAUUCUGUAAAAGUAACUCCAUCGAGUUCCUCACAAUGCGGGUGUGGAUUGGAUUCUGGGUAAUGAUGAUCUCGGCCAUCGUCGUGGCGUUGGAGAGCAGCUUUCUGGUUCGAUACAUCACCCGAUUUACUGAGGAAAUCUUCGCCAUUCUCAUCUCUCUCAUCUUUAUCUUUGAAGUCAUUAAAAAACUUGAUAAAACAUUUGCGUAUCAUCCUUUACUGCCAUUGGAGAAUUAUUGUAAGGAUUUUGGAUGCAAAGCUGGCAACGGAUCUGUUUUGUACAACGGCUCUCUGUAUUUGUACACAAACACUUCCAACGCAAAUUUGACAUCAGAUCUUGUCUACAGUCACCCCAACAGCUCCGAUCACCAUGACGACGAGGAUGAUGAGGGUCAUCAUAAAUACACACUUCCUCAACCAAAUACAGCACUGAUGUCCUCCAUCCUAACUAUCGGCACUUUCCUGGUCGCCCACUUCCUCAAGAUCUUCAGGAACAGUAAAUUCUUAGGGCGAAGUGCCAGGAGAGCUCUGGGUGACUUUGGGAUAGUGAUAUCCAUUAUCCUCAUGGUACUGCUGGAUUACUCUAUGCAAGAUAUAUAUACACAGAAACUGGCAAUUUCUAACACCUUUGAACCAACAUCACCUAAUAAGCGGGGUUGGUUUGUACACCCACUAGGAACAAAGAAGCCAAUCCAGGCCUACAUCAUCUUUGCCUCAUUUAUUCCAGCAUUCCUGAUUUUCAUUUUGCUGUUUCUGGAAACCCAGAUCACUGAAAUGAUUUUGAACAAGAAAGAGUUAAAGAUGCGGAAGGGUUCUGGGUUCCACCUUGACCAGUUAUUAAUGGGCAUGAUGACAUUUGUGUGUGCCUUGUUUGGCCUACCCUGGAUGUGCGCCGCCACAGUGCGUACCAUCGCUCACACAUCGGCUCUCAGCGUCAUGAGUCGCACACAUGCUCCUGGUGAAAAACCGAAGCUUGUGGAAGUCAAAGAACAAAGAGUUACCAAUAUCCUUAUGAAUGCCAUGAUAGGUGUGUCCCUGACCUGGGGUCCCCUUCUACAGGCGAUUCCUCUGGCCGUGCUGUUUGGAGUCUUCCUCUACCUUGGAGUGUCCUCGUUAAGCGGUGUCCAGAUGUUCAAACGAAUGAAACUGCUCUUCAUCCCGAACAAGUAUCAUCCCUCCACCAGCUACGUCAGACGGGUGAAGACAAUAAAGAUGCAUCUGUUCACCGUAGUCCAGGUCGUGCUACUAGUCCUGCUACUGAUCGUCAAACUCUCGGCAGCCGCUCUCGCCUUCCCGCUGUUUGUCAUACUGUUGAUUCCUCUCCGACUCAAACUUAUGGGAUACGUAUUCACACCCAGUGAACUAGAAGUGCUUGAUAAAGAGGAAGAGGAUAGCGAUUGUGAUGAUGAAGACGAUCCUGACUUUUACCAGCAGGCUCACAUGCCUGUGUAGUCACUGGACAGAUGUCCAGGUUCACCAAAACGUAUACACGUAGUCUGGCGUCGUCUCAGGAGUACCCGAUUCAGCAAAUAUAGGGUCCAGGGGACUGCUGUUCAGUGCUGUCUGAGAAAUGCACUUUGUUUACAAAAUACAAGCAGGAUAUAUACCAUCUUCUCUGUUUUGUAUCAAUAAGCAAACUUUUGUACAAAGCAACAUUACUGUGAUACAAUAGAAAAAGUGGAAAUGGGUUACAAAGCACUGGUUGAACACUGGAACGAUCAGACCAGUUUGGGGCUUGGUUAACAAAGCAAAAAAACAAAACUUAAAUGUUACCGUGGGUAGUUGUCAAAGUCUUGUGAACAGUUUUGAGUUUCAUCAAAUUGAGUUUUCUGUAAUCAGCAUUGAUUGUCGUCAUCGCUAUUUUCAUGACGGUAUUAUCGACGAGAUUUUAUUUUUUUGGCAUUAAAUAUCUUGCGAAAAUUUUCAUGAAAGUGAUGUAAAUUUUAUCACAUAAAUAUUGAAUUCCAUCAAGUCGAUGUCAGAUUUCAUCCUUUAAUGUAAGCAAACAUGCCAUGAACUCCACAAACCCAUACAAAGAUUGUCAAAGGUAUAUAUAUAUAUACAUAGGGGAACCAUAUUCACUUUCCUCAUCCAUGUAUAUAAGUAUUAGACUCAAACAACAUUUGAAACUGUUAUUUUGUGUUUACUUUUGAUUAUUCCUUGUUUUUGUUUUGGAUUUUUUUGUAUACUAUUUGUAAUCUUAAAUGAAUUCAAUUCAUACUGGGUAUGUUUCCAUCUCAACCAAAGUUUAACAGUUUGAUUUAAAUUGCUUUAAAAUAAAAGGUUGAAUUUUAGUUUUGUUUCCAAAUCAAGCUUCUGUGUGAUGAAUUCCACGUCGGUGUAGGACAAUUAUUUUACUUCAAUGUUGUUUAAGUUAAAAGAAUUAAAUUCUUGUAUAAUUUAAUGAAUUUAAGAUAAUUUUGUUAUAUUUUUUAUUGUAUUCAGACUUGAUAUUUUUCAAAAUAGUCAUGGAUUGUUUGAAUAUGAGGAUUGAAGGUAUUAUCAUGAUGCCAUUAGCAUGGAGUAGAAUGUGUCAGUUUUGUUUGUGUGGUUGGAAGAGCCACAUGGAAGCGUUCAAGCUUUAUGAGUAAAAUUUUGUUUCCAAUUUUCUAGGUUUGAAAUAUGUUCAUGUCAUCAGGAAUUUAAGGAAACAAUGAAGGUUCAAAUUAAUGACGUUUUAUCUGCAGCUGUCUACACAAAUAUAAGGAGCUCAAAUGACCGGAAGAAACCUACUGUAUAGUGCUAAACCAAACAAGUUCUGUACUGUACUGAUAAUUGUUUAGAGUGUGUCGAAAAAAUUUGUCCGUAGUUAUUUCUUUGUCAUUGCUUUAUCAACAAAGGUGAGCAUAGUAGCGAUUUCAGCUACAAUACCUAAACUUAACUGUUGUCCUGCAAGGAUGUGCUGAGUACCGAAUCAUGUUGUUGUGUGACUAAAAGACAUCUCACCUAGACACACACAGCAAACCUAGGCCCAUCUCACCUAGACACACACAGCAAACCUAGGCCCAUCUCGCCUAGACACACACAGCAAACCUAGGCCCAUCUCGCCUAGACACACACAGCAAACCUAGGCCCAUCUCGCCUAGACACACACAGCAAACCUAGGCCCAUCUCGCCUAGACACACACAGCAAACCUAGGCCCAUCUCGCCUAGACACACACAGCAAACCUAGGCCCAUCUCGCCUAGACACACACAGCAAACCUAGGCCCAUCUCGCCUAGACACACACAGCAAACCUAGGCCCAUCUCGCCUAGACACACACAGCAAACCUAGGCCCAUCUCGCCUAGACACACACAGCAAACCUAGGCCCAUCUCGCCUAGACACACACAGCAAACCUAGGCCCAUCUCGCCUAGACACACACAGCAAACCUAGGCCCAUCUCGCCUAGACACACACAGCAAACCUAGGCCCAUCUCGCCUAGACACACACAGCAAACCUAGGCCCAUCUCGCCUAGACACACACAGCAAACCUAGGCCCAUCUCACCUAGACACACACAGCAAACCUAGGCCCAUCUCGCCUAGACACACACAGCAAACCUAGGCCCAUCUCGCCUAGACACACACAGCAAACCUAGGCCCAUCUCACCUAGACACACACAGCAAACCUAGGCCCAUCUCACCUAGACACACACAGCAAACCUAGGCCCAUCUCACCUAGACACACACAGCAAAACUAGGCCCAUCUCACCUAGACACACACAGCAAACCUAGGCCCAUCUCACCUAGACACACACAGCAAACCUAGGCCCAUCUCACCUAGACACACAG